AUGCCAGCCGGCUCUCCCUCCCGCAUCAUGCCAGCCGGCUCUCCCUCCCCCACCAUGCCAGCCGGCUCUCCCUCCCCUACCAUGCCAGCCGGCUCUCCCUCCCCCACCAUGCCAGCCGGCUCUCCCUCCCGCACCAUGCCAGCCGGCUCUCCCUCCCCCACCAUGCCAGCCGGCUCUCCCUCCCCCACCAUGCCAGCCGGCUCUCCCUCCCCCACCAUGCCAGCCGGCUCUCCCUUCCGCACCAUGCCAGCCGGCUCUCCCUCCCGCAUCAUGCCAGCCGGCUCUCCCUCCCCCACCAUGCCAGCCGGCUCUCCCUCCCCUACCAUGCCAGCCGGCUCUCCCUCCCGCAUCAUGCCAGCCGGCUCUCCCUCCCCCACCAUGCCAGCCGGCUCUCCCUCCCCCACCAUGCCAGCCGGCUCUCCCUCCCCCACCAUGCCAGCCGGCUCUCCCUCCCCUACCAUGCCAGCCGGCUCUCCCUCCCCUACCAUGCCAGCCGGCUCUCCCUCCCCCACCAUGCCAGCCGGCUCUCCCUCCCCCACCAUGCCAGCCGGCUCUCCCUCCCGCACCAUGCCAGCCGGCUCUCCCUCCCCUACCAUGCCAGCCGGCUCUCCCUCCCCUACCAUGCCAGCCGGCUCUCCCUCCCCUACCAUGCCAGCCGGCUCUCCCACCACUCUCGCCUACUAUCUUCCCUGA